AUGAAUCAAAACAUACAUCAGUUUAUUAAGACUCAUUUUGGCAAGGAUUGCCUUAUCGUUGUGCGGGAAUUCGAAAAGACGUCGAGGAAAUUAGCGGACUAUCGCAACCAUUUGAGGUUUAAUCCACGGUGCUUGCAGUCGGAUAUUACACCACGCAGUUUACGGAUCAAAGCCAUUGUCAAAGGAUUUCGUGCUCAUACCAUCAUUCAUAAAGCAGAGAGAGCUUUAUUGAACGAACGUAUCAGACAAACAAAUUUUACCAUCGACAUUUUACACGGAAAACUGGACAAAUUAAGGAAACAUUUAGUGGAAAGCCUACCACAGGAUGUUUAUGAACGCGUGUUAAAGUUCACCGAGAAUGCGCAGUUGACUCAACAUGGCCGCUCUAAGAGUCGUCAAAUCAACAAGUUCGCGAGGUUAGUGGAUCGAGAAAAUCACUCUACAGCAGCGGACAGGGAUCAAAACUGGAGAACUCGUAAGCCCAGUGACAUUUUGGUGGAGGAGAACGAAGUUUGGGUGAGAAAUCUUUCGGACAAACAGCUUAGCAAACCCGAAAAAUCUGUGUUAGCUCGCGGUUUAAAUUUCGCGGUUGCCCCGGAGGAUAUACCGUACGUUGACUACAUUACAGCCACCGAGUCCGCGAUCAAGAACAAUCGUAUCAACCAAGAUUUUGCCGAGGAAAUUCGGGGGAAAGUCACGGCCACUCUCUCGAAUGCAAAACUACCACCUCCCAAUUUAUCGAAAGAGGAAAGGUUAGCCGCUCAGUCUUUGGCGAAGGACAAGGAUAUAAUUAUCCUCCCUGCAGACAAGGGGAGAUGCACAGUGGUUUUGAAUAAGACAGAUUAUGAUAGCAGAGUUGGUCUAUUGUUACAUAACAGUGUUACUUAUGAACAAGUAAAGCGAGAUCCUUCUUCCAGCUUCAAGAAAAGAGUCAUUGAAGUGCUACAACAGUUGGAGAAAGACGGCUUUAUUGACAAAUCUACUUACUUUAGUUUGUAUCCUGGCAAUGACAUUCCAGCCUUUUAUGGUCUUCCAAAGAUCCACAAGGAGGAUAUACCUUUGAGACCUAUUGUGAGUAGCAUUAACAGUAUCACGUAUAACAUUGCCAAGUUUCUUACAUCUGUUCUCAGCCCUUUGGUGGGUUUAUCGGAGCAUAGCGUACUCAAUUCUAAAGACUUCAUUGAGAAGGUACGGGACAUCAAAGUUGAAGACGAUGAAUGCAUUGCCUCCUUUGAUGUGUCCGCUCUUUUCACUAGCGUUCCUCCGAAUAAGGCAGUAGAAACGGUUCGCAAACGUCUUAUUGACGACCCCAAUUUAAGCUCAAGAACUAAACUUGGCCCGGAUCAACUUUGUCAACUUUUAGAACUCUGUCUUUCCACCACUUACUUCACCUACAACGGCAAUUUCUACAAGCAAAAGCAUGGAUGUGCCAUGGGAUCCCCCAUUUCGCCAGUUCUUGCCAAUUUGUACAUGGAAGACUUUGAGAAAUUUGCCCUGAGUUCUUUUCCCGGCAUUCCACCUACCCACUGGUUUAGAUACGUGGACGAUACUUGGGUCAAGAUUAAGACUACGGAACUUGAUUCUUUUUUCGAUCACAUCAAUAACUGUGAUCCGUCUAUUAAGUUCACAGUGGAAAGAGUCAAGGACAACCAACUCGCGUUCUUGGAUUGCCUCAUCACCAUCGAGGAAGACGGAUCGCUGAGCUCGUCAGUCUUCAGAAAAGACACCCACACAGAUCAAUACCUGUUGUUUGACUCUCAUCACCCGCUCAUCCACAAGUUGGGAGUAGUGAAGACAUUGUUCCACAGAGCUUCAUACAUUCCUUCUUCUGAGACAACCAAGGAGAAAGAACAUAAACACCUCCGAGAGGCUCUACGUAAAUGUGGUUACCACGGGUGGAGCAUAGAGAAAGCCCUUCACCCGCGACGCCAACGUGAGAACAACCUUCCUCGACCGACGGAACAGGGGCGUCGCUUCGGUGUCUCCGUCCCCUACGUCAGUGGACUUUCAGAGAAAAUCCGGAGGAUCCUGUCUUCUUACCGCAUCCCAGUGUACUUCAAACCGACUAACACACUCAGGCAGAAAUUGGUCCACCCGAAGGAUAAAGUUCCCAAAGACAAGAAAAACAACAUUGUCUAUGCUAUCCAGUGCCAAGAGACAGGUUGCAGCGCUAAUUACAUUGGUGAAACCAAGCAACCCCUCUCCAAGCGUUUGUAUCAACAUCGCAGACCAGGCGCAUCGGGAUACGAUUCUGCCGUAUACUCCCACCUGAACACGUCUAAACACAAUUUUAAAGAUAAAGACGUGCUCAUCCUAGACAAGGAACCUAGGUGGUUUGAGAGGGGGGUCCGUGAGGCGGUCUACGUCAACGCAGAAAACCCAUCUCUCAACAAAGGAGGAGGAUUAAGACAUAACCUCUCUCGGAUUUACAAUCCAGUAAUCCGAAAAAUUCCUCGACGUCUCCAAGACAAUAACAUCGACGGUGCUUCGGCGCCAAUCGGCAACGACGAUUUCCCGCCAGUUUAGAAGAGCUGAAGAAGCGUCCCGGAUCGGACGUGAAACUGUUCUCUGCUUCAACAAGUGCAUUCAGACACUGAUGAAAACUGCCAUGCCACGUUCCUGAUAGAAGUAGUCGUCCCAACUCGGAAGGCAGUGGUAUUUGG